CCCCUUCCGUCUUGUUUCUCUUCCCCCGGAUAUCCUCUCCUCUUUCUGCUCGCGAGUCGCAACCCCUCGGCCGAAACCUCAGCUCCUCCUCUCAGCAUAUCCAGGCCACCACAUGCUCCUCCACGAGUUCAGGAUCGACCCAUGCUAGUGCUACUAGUUAUCUGAAGGAACCCACGGCCAAAGAUCCGUUUCCGGGCUGCUAUUACUCAGCAAAGCCAUGCAUCUAGCAGGGACUGCCUCCGUCCGAUGCUGACGGCUAGCUGCUGAUCGAUCCAGUACUUGCGCUGUGCGAUCCUACCCCUCGUAUAUCCGAGUGCUCACAUCCACCACUCCUAAUUAUAGUUCUCCAUAGACUCGGCCGAGGGAGGAACAUCCUCUAUAUCCAUUCCCAGAUUCUGUCUAAUUUGGGAUCGAACACCUCUUAGCCGUUCAACUCCUUCCCUUCCCUUCCCCUAAGAGAGAUAAGAGAAGGCUAAACAAAGAUGCUUAUAUACGGCGGUGUUGUAGGUGGUGUCUUGUUCAUCCUCAACCAGAACAACGGAAACACUGCGGAUCUCCAGCUUGUUGCCGUGAAGCUCCUCCUGUGAACAUUUGUUUCGAGAGAAGAUGGACUGCUUUGCGGAGGCCGAAGGAAAGAGGUCCCACGAUCCUCUCUACUGCAACCCUCCUGCGGCGUUGGCGACGGGCUUUCCGAUCGAAGAUGUCAAGUUUGAGAAGGUGGCCGGCCCGCUCAUCGUCGGCGCCGGGCCGGCGGGGCUGGCGACGGCGGCACUGCUCGGGCAGCAGAACGUGCCAUACGUGCUGCUCGAGCGUUGCAGCUGCAUCGGCUCGCUGUGGCGUCAUCGCACAUACGACAGGUUGUGCCUUCAUCUCCCCAAGAACUUCUGCGAGCUGCCGCUCAUGCCGUUCCCGUCCAGCUUCCCCACUUACCCCACGAGGGAACAAUUCCUCGACUACCUCGAGUCCUACGCCAAGAGGUUCGACGUCCAGCCGGUGUUCAGGCAGGCUGUUGUCAGUGCCGAGUUCAAUGGAGAAUUCUGGUGGGUUCGCACAAAGCAGGUCAUCUCCGCGGCGAUCGGCGGCCAGCAGGCCGUACUUGGCAGCGCUAUAACGAUGUAUCGCUGCAAGUGGCUUGUGGUGGCCACAGGGGAGAACGCGGAGCCAAGGGUGCCGGAGAUCGAGGGUGCCAAGAGGUUCAAGGGCCAAAUCAUGCACUCAAGCGAGUACCGCAGCGGCGAAGGGUAUGCAGGAAAGCGGGUGCUGGUCGUUGGCUGUGGAAACUCAGGGAUGGAGGUGUCUCUUGAUCUCUCCAACCACAAUGCUCACGCCGCCAUGGUGGUUCGCGACACGGUGAAUGUAUUGCCGAGAGAGAUACUAGGGCACUCCACGUUUGGAAUAUCUGCAUGGCUUCUAAAGUGGUUACCUAUAAAGACCGUUGAUAUGAUUCUUCUUACGAUGUCACGCUUCGUGAUGGGUGACAUAACUCGUCUUGGCAUCGCUCGACCUAGCCUUGGUCCAAUGGAGCUCAAAAGCGUUUCUGGAAAGACGCCAGUCCUCGAUGUAGGAACCAUAGCCAAGAUUUGGUCCGGAAAUAUUCAGGUUUUCCCAGCGAUACAAUGUUUCAAAGAGCAUGGUGUGGAGUUUAUUGACGGAAGAAUCAAGAAUUUUGAUGUUGUUAUACUCGCCACCGGUUACAAAAGCAAUGUACCUUAUUGGUUGAAGGAAAAACAAUUCUUCUCCGAAAAAGAUGGUUUUCCAAGAAACUCAAAAGAGUGGAAAGGAAAGAAUGGAUUGUAUGCAGUUGGGUUCUCAAGACGAGGUCUAACCGGAGUAGCAAUGGAUGCCACCCAAAUCUCGGAUGACAUUACGAAGAAUUGGCGUGACAUGCAUACGAGAGAUGUGAGAGAAGAUCCAUCAAGUCGAAGUGGCACCGUCAUUUUUAAUUGAAUGAUUUCAAAACAAACGUGCUAGUCUUGUUUAUCAUUUUUGUUUAUUUCGUAGAAUUUUCAAAAACAAAAUUAGACUUCAUCUUUUAAGUAUAAUUAUAUACAUAAGUAGAUCGGGCUAGUGCAUUUCAGUUUUUCCCAUUUACAUGUGUAUAUUUGUUGCAUUUUUCUAACUUCGAUUAGAGAAGUGAAAAUUCUGUAGGAAUUUCAAAUAGGACAAAAAAUAGUUGUCAUAGUUGUUUUUUGGAAUUAUUAUAUCAAAAAAAUGUAGUCAUGUUCUUAUUAGUUUGAAUUGUAACAAAUCUACCUAUGAUUCUAUUUAUUUAUUUUUAUGAUA